CCUUACACCAUCUUCUAUUUCCCCUCCCGAGGGCGCUGCGAGGUUAUGCGCAUGCUGUUAGCUGACCAGGGCCAGACCUGGAAGGAGGAGGUGGUGACCUUGGAUGUUUGGGAGCAAGGAACAUUCAAGGCUUCCUGUCUGUUUGGGCAGAUCCCUAAGUUCCAGGAUGGAGAGCUCACUCUGUACCAGUCCAAUGCCAUCCUACGGCACCUGGGCCGCUCCUUCGGGCUCUAUGGCAAAAACCAACAAGAGGCAGCCCUGGUGGACAUGGUGAACGACGGACUGGAAGACGUGUUUAGGCGCAUUGCCCGGCAGUAUCUCCAUAUCUAUAAGGGGGGCAAGGACCAGUGUCUGAAGGAGCUUCCAGGACACCUGAAGCCAUUUGAAACUCUCCUGGCCCAGAACAAAGGUGGCCAGUCCUUCAUCGUUGGUGAUCAGAUCUCCUUUGCUGACUACCGCCUGCUAGACGUGCUUCUGAACCUGGAAGUCCUGUUCCCUGGUUACCUGAAUGACUUCCCCCUGUUCUCCGCCUAUGUGGCACGCCUCAAAGCCCGACCCAAACUCAAGGCCUUCCUGAAGUCUCCUGAGCAUGUGAACCGUGUCCUUGCUGCUUGCAUAAAGAUGUGA